AUGAGCAUGGUGGCUUGCACAGAGAAAGCAGGAGAGUGGCCCCCUCUUCUGACCCUCAUGUCAAAUAAUAGCAGCGUUGAGCAUUUGCAAAGUGACAUCGCUGACUGGUUCCGUGAGCAUCAGCCGGACGCUUAUGAUUUGGCUGAACCACCAAGUGCAAGCAAGUUGGGCUGUGAGAGCGGCGUCCUCAGUGCAAGGGAUGGCAACACACCUGGGAGAUCGAUCGGGAAGAGAUACAGGCGACCCACAGCCCGGACACCUCCCCAACCCAAAAGCAGCAUGAGCGCAGAAGGCCAAGACAGGGGGAGGGUGCCUGUCAACAUGGCCACUGAUCCACCCAGGGAACACCUGCAUAAAGGCUACACAGUGGAGAGGGGUCCAGAUGGGAGGUCUCUGUGGCUGCCGGAUAGCAGUGCCAGCUGCAGUGACAGGGAACGCCCCCUGGAUGAGGACACGGCUCCAUUCUGCACAUUCAUGAACGUCUGGAGCAUGCAGCAGGAGCAGGACAGGGACGCCACAUCUGGCCAGGCUUCUGGUGUUGAGGUAUUGCAGCGGUUGCCGCACAGCAUGUUUGAGGCGGCUGCCAGGAAACUGUGCAAGCGCAGCGCUGCGCUGUCUGUGGAGGAGUGCCACCAAUACAAGAGGGCGGCGACCCUGAGCGUGAUGACGCCGCCAGCGCUGCGCGCUGAUGUGGUGCGGCUGCGGGCAGGUGCCGGCACCUGCGGCAGCCUCACCGAUCUGCUGCCCACGCCCACAUCCGUCCUGGACGGCCCUGCAGCGUUCCCUCCAUCUCCCCCUCAGGAGGAAUCAGUGGACUUCCUUGUGGCGAGCAGCCCGGGGUCUCAGAGCUGCGUGGGGGAGUCUAACACUGACAAGCGCCGCAGCCCUCUGAGCACCUGA